UCCAAACUUCACAUGCGAGUCCUGUGUGGUGCAGGGACGUGCAGACCACAGGUGGGGUUCAUGACAUUGAAACAUGAAACAGCAGAACGUGACACUGCUGUACCGUCCGGCCCCGAGCCGUCACACAGGCACAGGUAUCAGGUGACCGUGGCUUGCAGUGUGUCUGAAUGUGCAGCAGGUUUCUGCGCUGUCUCUAGGUAUGCGCAGUCAGUGCUUUGCCAUCCCGCCCAUGCAAAGGUGUGUGAGUGCUUUCUACUGCAUUCCUGUUUGUCUGCAUUCCAGAGAAGCUCUUUUUGUUCAUCGGAGACUGGCAAUCCAGCAGCUGUUUAACCUCGCUGCUCUUUAUUGAACUUGUCAGAUAGCAGCGCUGUGCCGUGAUGAACUGGACGGCGCUGGAAGGUCUGCUCAGCGGGGUCAACAAGUACUCCACGGUGUUCGGCCGCGUGUGGCUCUCGGUGGUCUUCGUCUUCCGAGUGCUGGUGUUCGUGGUGGCGGCGCAGAAGGUGUGGGGCGAUGAGUCCAAGGACUUCGUCUGCAACACGAAGCAGCCCGGCUGCACCAACGUCUGUUACGACAGCAUCUUCCCCAUCUCCCACGUGCGCCUCUGGGCCCUGCAGCUCAUCUUCGUCACCUGCCCCUCCUUGCUGGUGGUGGCUCACGUCAAGUACCGCGAGAUCAAGGAGCUGAAGUACGCCAAAGCCCACAAGGGCUCCCACUUCUACGCCAACCCUGGGAAGAAGCGUGGCGGGCUCUGGUGGACCUACUUCUUCAGCCUGGUCUUCAAGGCCGGCUUCGACGCAGCCUUCCUCUAUAUCCUCUUCUACAUCUACCACGGCUAUGACAUGCCUCGGCUCUCCAAGUGUGAGCUGGAGCCCUGCCCCAACGUGGUGGAUUGCUUCAUCUCCCGCCCCACCGAGAAGAAGAUCUUCACCAUCUUCAUGGUGGUCACCUCGGCACUGUGCAUCUUCAUGUGCGUCAUCGAGAUGCUCUACCUGGUAGGCAAGCGCUGCCAGAAGAUCAUGAGGAUGAGGAAGCAGAACGAGAGGUAUCUCAUCUCAGAGUCCAGCCAGCCUGGAUUCAUCCAGCUCUACCAGCCCGUUCCGCUCAACAACAGCAGCGCCAAGGAAGGCAAGAAGGUGGUGAAGGUGCCAGCGCAGGUCAACAAUUCCACCCUUUAAACUGGGACCGGUUUAAGUGUGCCACACGGUGCUUCCCAGUCCACUUCAUCUUGCACUGCAGGACCUGCUUCACCAAACUCAAGCAAACCUUCCGUCACCUUUUUAAAGUGCUGCUCAGCACACCUUUAACGCAGCUGAAACUGGAACGAUCUGGGUGGAAAUAUUUACAUAACCAGAAAAAUACGUUAGUGAUUUUUAUUUGAUUUUUGGAAGUUAUGGCUCCAUCCAGCACUUUUUAUUUGAAGGUGUUAGUCGUUGGGUUCUGUAUGAAGGAUCUAAACCGCGACAGGUCUUAAUGCCACCAGCCUAACAUUUCUAAACCCCAGUGCACUUUAUUCUGAUUGGAUGUUAAAAAAGUGGCUCAAUUGAAACUGGAUUUAAAUGGAAUUAAAAAGCACCUGUAUUACAGAUGUGCCACUGUUUGAUGUUUCAACGAAUGCACCAUUAUUUUGUGUUACUAUUAUUAUUUUUUAUUUUAUUCAUUGUAGUCACCUUUAGCUUUUUAGCUACCUAGUUUGUGGUUGAGGUUUCACAGUCUGGUAUUCAAAGGAUUCGGUUUUGCAUGCGAGGUGGGCUUGUCUUUACAAUACCAAACAUUGUGCCAAUGGCUGAAAAACAAAACACAAUAAUUCAGCAGGGUGCAUCUCAGGCGGAACUACUCUCAGCAGCCCUUCUGCCCCCUGGUGGAUGGUUUAUGCACCACACUGCUCUUUUGUUGGACUGUACUGAGUAGGCAUGCACAACGGAGAUAAGAGGCAGGGUUAGCCAUGGGCCUGGAGCCAGAGCAGAGCUGGCGCUGAGGAUGCUGGACCAGAGCAGAGCUGGCGCUGAGGAUGCUGGACCGGAGCAGAGCUGGCGCUGAGGAUGCUGAACCGGAGCAGAGCUGGCGCUGAGGAUUCUGGAGCCAGAGCAGAGCUGGCGCUGAGGAUGCUGGACCGGAGCAGAGCUGGCUCUGAGGAUUCUGGAGCCAAAGCAGAGCUGGCGCUGAGGAUGCUGGACCGGAGCGGAGCUGGUGCUGAGGAUGCUGGACCGGAGCAGAGCUGGCGCUGAGGAUGCUGAACCGGAGCGGAGCUGGCGCUGAGGAUGCUGGACCGGAGCGGAGCUGGUGCUGAGGAUGCUGAACCGGAGCAGAGCUGGCGCUGAGGAUGCUGGACCGGAGCAGAGCUGGCGCUGAGGAUGCUGAACCGGAGCAGAGCUGGCGCUGAGGAUGCUGGACCGGAGCAGAGCUGGCGCUGGGUCACUGGAGCGCUCUGGAGCUUGGAGCCGGGGCUGAGGUUCCGGGAGCACCUCCAUUAUUUCCUGCUUUUCACAUUUUAAGCAAACAGGGGUUACCCCAGUUCAGGAGGUCCGGCCCCGGGAGGGGGUUAUUACUCUGGACCGCCCCCUGCUGGUGGACAGGCACCUCCGGGAGGUCAAUAUGGAGCUGGAGC